AUCCAAUAAAAUAAAAUCCUUCUUUUGAAAGACCAAAACAGUCAGAGCAAAACUCAAAAGUAAAGGAACAUGAUCCUGGAUUAAAGAGACAGAUUACGCUGCGAGCGCAGGUCUUCGUGCAGGAGACAGGAACGAGAGAAGUGGUUACAUUAAGGGAACAGUCCAAGCAUCAAUUUGUUGCAAAGCUGCUGUUAGGUAGAAAGUGUGUAACAUUUUUUUUAAAACUUAAAGCCUGCAGUUUAAAUGUCCCUUUUUGAGUUGCAAGCUGUGGUUGGGUUGAAGGCUCCCCUACCUCAGUGGAGGGCAAGGAACAUAGCUAUCUAGGGAACAUCCUCGUCAUUUUUUUGCGCACUAGCAAAUCAUAAAAGUGAAACCAGUUGGAAGAGGAUGCUGAGCAACGUUUUGCACGGUGCUGGCAUGCAAGAGGCUGCAGACUGCAAACAGCACCAGAAGCCGGGAUUCAGAGGGAGAUUUUAGAUCAGAAAGAGCCAGGGUAGCUACAGGUGCUGUGCUGUGCGGGGUUGGCAGCAGCGGCGGGGCUGGAAAGUUUCCCCAGCCUCAUCCCCGAGGUGGGGUUGGGGGUGCUCCCCCUCUCUCUCUCUCUCCCCGGACUGAAAGCCUCUCCCUCGGCAGCUUUUAUCGAUCGCGCAGCCGGAAAUACGUGAGAAGCCGGAGGGCGCCUGUCCCGUCCCGUCCCGUUCUACUCCCGGGAAUGCCCUGAGCUGGACACCGGGAAGAGUGCAAGAUGCCGAACUGGGAAGUACCGGCGGAGGAGACCGGGAGCAGCCCCGCUGCUGAGGACACGGAGAAAGAAAACGAGCGGCUCGGCGGAGAGACGCCCAUCUCCCCGGUUUCAACCCUGAGCCAGAGGGAGUCCAAGCUGCAGAAGCUAAAACGGUCACUGUCAUUUAAAACAAAAGGUCUCCGGAGUAAAAGUGCAGAGAACUUCUUCCAAAGGACAGGCAGUGAAACAAAGCUGCAGGUAGAGCUGCUGCCUGGAGUCAGUUCCAGCACUGGACAGCUCCCAGUUUCCGAAAGUCAAACAUGCACCCCAACUAAAACCCAGAGGCAGUCUGAGAGCAGGACGCACUCUUUCCUCGAAUACAUUUUCAAGAAACCAACCUUUUGUGAUACCUGCAACCACAUGAUCGUCGGCACCAAUGCCAAACUUGGGCUGCGUUGCAAGGCUUGUAAGAUGAGCAUCCAUCACAAAUGCAUUGACGGUGUCGAACAGCAGCGAUGCAUGGGCAAGCUGCCAAAGGGGUUCCGUCGUUACUAUAGCUCUCCGUUAUUAAUCCAUGAGCAAUAUGGGUGCAUCAAAGAGGUGAUGCCUAUCGCUUGUGGCAGUAAAAUAGACCCAGUGUAUGAAGCCCUUCGGUUUGGAACUUCCCUGGCUCAAAGACCCAAGAAGUCAGGCUCUGGCAGUGCAUCAGACUCCCCUCAGCGUAACUCUGCUUCAGACCUGGCUGAAGUCCCAGAGGAAGGUGCUGAUACUUCACGUAGGCUAUCAAGAGAGUACAGUGAUAGUGUCUUUGGCUCUCUAGAGAAUGGGCUUGAAAACAUCGCGAGGGUAGAAAGGAAGCCUUCCAGUUCUCAGCUGAAAGCAACUGAAAAAAAAGACACCUUGCAGCAUUUCAAUUACGUUGCUUUGUACAGAUUCAUACCACAAGAGAAUGAUGAUCUGGAAAUGCAUGCUGGAGACAGAGUUUUUCUGCUGGAUGAUUCGAAUGAAGAAUGGUGGAAGGGCAAAAUUGCUGAUCGUGUUGGAUAUUUUCCUGCAACGUUUGUUCAGAAAGUGCUGGUGGGUGAGAAGGUCUUCAGAUGCACCAAACCAUUCACAGGCUGUAAAGAAGAAGGACAGAUAAAUGUGAAAGAAAAUCAGAUCUGUGUGGAUAAGGGUGAAGAAACAAAUGGAUUCAUUAAAGUGUGCAGUGGAAAGAAGAAGGGUUUUGUGCCACUUGACAUCCUUGUCAAUAUCUGAUGACACAUCGGAUCUGUGUAGUGAAGGUGAUAUUACUUCCGUGGUACUUGCCAUCCUUGUCUCACAUUAUCAGCAAAGAUGAACUGUCUUGUGGUCCUUUAUGGACAGCCAGACUGCCAUAAAGAGUGUGUUGAAUCUAUGAGGGAGUUCAGAAUUGCUUCAUGAAACCUAGAUGUGCUAAAAAUCUUAGCAUAACUCUCCCAGACUGGAGAGAAUGAUAUCUGCACUUGUAUGAUGGGUUUGCUAAUAGCCUAUCCCUGUAAAACUUGACAGUGGCGAGGACAGUUUAAAUGUCUUUAUUGUCCAUUUACACUUUAUUGGCAUCCAAAUAGAUUGUAGCUAAUCCAAAGCAGGGAUUUUUUUUUAAAGAAAACUCUGUCUAUUCAUGAAAUAUGUGUUGUACUGUGCAUUUUUCAAAGAACAGCUGUUCCUGCAUCACAUUGGCUGGUCAUGUAUCCUGCGACCAAUGUACAGUUCUGUGGCUGAAGUGAGAUCUCGUUUAGCCACAAAGUUACUUGCCUUCCUGGUGUUCGAACAGCUCACAGUAUCACAAAUCUGCCUGAAACACAUUUACCUGGAAAUCCAGCAGCACCAUAAUUAUUGUCAAUUUUAGUUGAGCAAAGAGAAAGCUGCCCGUCAUCUGAGUGGGAAUUAGAUUUUCCUUGAUGCUAUACAUAUAUAAUAUUAAUAAAGACUUGUACGAAUUGGUGUUAAAAAUGAUCAUUUGCCGCAUCUUACAGUUUUUGAAGAUGGUGCAGUCUACAUUGAUGGCAGUAUAACCAGAAAAAGAAACUGGUGAUCACUUAUGUAGUAAAUAAGGCACCACAGGACAGAGAGUUUCUUUGUUUUGUUAUUGCAACUGAUCUGCUGGACAUAUUGAUGCGGUUGGCCGAAUGUUAAUAGCAGGCCAUUCAGUCCAUCCAAGCAGCAUUCACCCUGACCCUAUACCCUGCAUUUCCCAUGUCUAAUCUACCUAGUCUGCACAUCCCAGGACACUACGGACAAUUUAGCACAGCCAGUCCACCUGAGCUGCACAUCUUUGGACUGUGGGAGGAAACCAGAGCCCCCAGAGGAAACCCACACAAGCACGGGGACAAUGUGCAAACUCUACACAGACAGUGAUCUGAGGGUGGAACCGAACUCAGGUCCCUAGUGCUGUGAGGCAGCAAUACUAAUCACUGAUCCACUGUGCCAUGUCAGCUAUUAUGAAGUAGACAUAAAUUAGAAAAGUGCUUUACAUUUUCAGUUACUUGUGGAACUUAUUUCUGGGUUGAUAUAAAUAAAAUGUGGAUUGCGUACAGACUAUUACAAAAUCUACACAGCUGAAAUAACUUGCCAUCAGAUGAUGAGUAUUUGAUUAUAGCCGCAUUGCAAAAUGGAGUAUGUGGAAGUCAAACGCAUUCUCAUAAGGGAUCUGAGAAAAUUGGUGCCAAUCACUAGAGUGUUCCCAUUUUGCUCCCAGUGGUCAGCUUCAGAGUGAUAAUGAUAAAGGUAAAGGGACAGAUUGCUCAACUACCCUCUUGACUUAAAUGAAGCCAAAUCAAAGACCAGAUGAAAAAGAUUUUCAAAUGUAUUUAAAAAGUAACAGCUUCUUUUCAACUGAAACUAUUAAAAUGCUGUUCAAAAUCUCAUCCAGGUGCUUCUAAGAGGUGCUACUAAAUAAAUAUUUGGCAGAUCUUGGAUCCAGUGUGAUGCUUUUAUUUCACAUUAGGGGUCAAACUAGUCGUGUGUUUUACACAAUCAAAUCCAUUUUAAGAUUUGUGAGCCAUUUUGUUGGGUGUGAAACCAGUCUUUAAAUCUCCUUAAUGGGCAAUUGCAAAGUCUUAUUUCUGGAGUUACGAUUUCUAAUAUGGAUAGAAAAGAUGUGGGAAAAGAUAUUAAAAGCCUUGAGAUUAAAGGGAAACCAAACUAAAAUUAAUUUAAUGUUUUAUUUUCAAUAUAUGUUAGGAAAUAAGAGAAUGAAAAUAAGAGAGAAAAAGUUGUGCAGAAUUCAAGUGAUUAUAUUUUUAUUUGUAGAUGUGUUUUCUGAUUAUUUUUGUAGGAUGAAUGUAAUAACUCCUGACUGUUUAGUAGCUUUAAUUGUAUAAGUUACUGUAUGCUUCACUGUUCACAAUGUUUAGUUUGAAAAUCAAUGGAACUGGCCAACCUAGGAGACAGUCAUUUCUCUAGAACUAUUCAGACAUUUCAGGAUUAAUAAAAAUACACUUACCCAAAAUCAAACAAUGUAUUAAUCGAUAAAAAGUAAAUGUUUAUUAUUAAACUGUAAUGCAACAAUUAUGUUUUUUGAUUACUUUGUG